ACUCGUUUAAAACACAAACACACACACACACACACACACACACACACACACACACACACACACAUCUCGUGUAUAUAUGUAUAUACACAUGUUUUGCUUUCCUUUGUUCAUGUUCAGUAUCUCAGUCGGGACUGAUGUAGAGUGUAUCACAGGAGUGCAUCCUGUCUGGGAUCAUGUCCGUCAACGGAAAGAAGGUUCUGCAUAUGGAUAGAAAUCAGUAUUACGGUGGUGAAAGUUCCUCCAUCACACCACUGGAGGAGCUCUACAAACAUUUCAAUCUACCAGACAGUCCACCCGAGUCCAUGGGUCGAGGACGAGACUGGAACGUUGAUCUCAUUCCCAAAUUCCUGAUGGCUAAUGGUCAGCUGGUGAAAAUGUUGCUGUACACAGAAGUGACUCGUUAUCUGGACUUUAAAGUGAUUGAGGGAAGUUUUGUGUAUAAAGGAGGAAAGAUCUACAAGGUUCCGUCCACCGAGUCUGAGGCCCUGGCCUCCAAUCUCAUGGGCAUGUUCGAGAAGAGAAGGUUUCGCAAGUUCCUGGUUUUCGUUGCCAACUUUGACGAGAACGACCCCAAGACCUUCGAAGGUGUGGACCCGAGGAGCACCACCAUGUGUGACGUGUAUAAGAAGUUUGACCUGGGGCAGGAUGUGAUCGACUUCACGGGCCACGCUCUGGCGCUCUACAGGACAGACGAGUAUCUGGACCAGCCGUGUCUGGAGACCAUAAACCGCAUUAAACUGUACAGCGAGUCUCUGGCACGUUAUGGGAAGAGCCCGUACCUCUACCCUCUGUACGGACUCGCAGAACUUCCUCAGGGAUUUGCCAGAUUAAGCGCGAUAUACGGAGGUACCUACAUGCUGAAUAAACCUGUGGAUGAGAUCAUCAUGGAGAACGGACGUGUGAUGGGGGUGAAGUCUGAGGGAGAGGUUGCUCGCUGUAAGCAGCUGAUCUGUGACCCGAGCUACGUCCAGGACCGAGUGCGUAAAGCAGGUCAGGUGAUCCGCGUCAUCUGCAUCCUCAGCCAUCCCAUCAAGAACACCAACGACGCCAACUCCUGCCAGAUUAUCAUCCCUCAGAACCAAGUGAACCGCAACUCGGAUAUUUAUGUGUGUAUGAUCUCGUACGCCCAUAACGUGGCUGCUCAGGGUAAGUACAUCGCCAUCGCUAGCACCACGGUGGAGACGAGCGACCCUGAGGCUGAGAUCCAGCCUGCUCUUGAGCUGCUUGAGCCCAUCGACCAGAAGUUUGUGGCCAUCAGUGAUCUGUAUGAAGCUUCAGAUGAUGGAGCAGAGAGUCAGAUCUUCUGCUCUCGAGCGUAUGAUGCCACCACGCAUUUUGAAACCACCUGCAACGACAUCAAGGACAUCUACAAGCGCAUGACGGGGAGCGACUUUGACUUCGAGAACAUGAAGCGCAAACAGAACGAUGUGUUCGGGGAGGAUGAGCAGUGAGAGCACGGGGGUGUGGCUAAGCAAUCUUUGGGGUGUGGUUAAGCAAAAUAUGGGGGCGUGGUUAUGCAAAAGGGAAAGGAGACUAGAGGAGGUGUAGAACUUGUGUAAACGAUGGGACCUGUAACUCCUUCCAGAAUACGCACACACACACACACACACACACACACACACACACACACACACUAUUUACUCUGCAAGUGUUUACAUCCCUCCCUCAUAUGUAUAGGAUAGUUGUGUUUAGUAGAGACUGUAGUGUUUGAAUAAAUGAAGUUUGUUUGUGUGUGUGUGUGUGUGUGUGUGUGUGUGUGUGUGUGUGUGUGUGUGUGUGUUACCAUGUCUGAGAAUCUGUAACACCAUGACCUGAUGGUUUUUACACUUCGUCUGUAAAGUUAAAAGCUUUCGUUCUGUACAGUGUGUGUGGAACUGAACCCAGUGUAAAUGUUAUGAACACAUUAUAACCUCUUUCAGACUUUAUAACAUUUAUUUACAUGUAAAGUGAAAAAGAAGCCUGUGUACAACAAUCACCUACACACACAUCAGCUUAUUCUACACCAAUGUUCAUCUUCAGGAAAUCACAUUUAAUUCCCCACAUUCCCCAUGUUCCACAUUUCCACAUUCCAACAUUCCCACAUUCCAACAUUCCCAGAUUACAACAUGCCCAAAUUUCAACCUUCCUUCAUUCCAACAUUCACACAUUCCAACAUUCCAAUAUUCCCACAUUACAACAUUCCCACAUUUCACAUGUUCCACAUUCCCACAUUCCCACAUAUGAACUUUCUCCAUUUGUCCAUUCCAACAUUCCGAUCUUCUUCAUGAUAUAUUACUGUAAUGUGAAGAGUCGUUCUUUUACUCAUUCCACCCAAACCUGCUAUUACACAAUAUUCCCAGAAUGUUUUACUUCUACAAUGAUCAUAUAUUUCAUUUGUAUUCAGAACAAUUUUCCCAAAAUCAUAACUAUCAGAUCCACUCACACUCACAACACUUCCCUAAUACCAACACUUAUUUCUCCAUCUCCUCCUCACCUUCUGUUCUUCUCCUCACCUUCUGGUUUCCUACUGCACUCGCAUUCCAUUCUUUAUUCUAAAUCCUGAAAAAAUAAACACAGUGGAUCAGAUGGUCUUCACUGACUCUGGAACAUCAGCACCACCUCCAUUAUCCUCUCACAGCACUUGGGGAAUCUGAGAAUCUAAAUAAACCUGGAAGAAUGAGGUGAUCUGUGCAAUAUUCAUCAGAACAUUAAUGACCCCCGUAUGAAGCUUUUAUGAAGCUGUAGGGUGUAACGAUGACGAUGUGUGUGUGUGUGUGUGUGUGUGUGUUACAGCACUGUGGGUUUCUUUCUCCACAUCCCUCCAUCACACACCUUUAACACACCUCUCACACUUUCAUUUAAUCAGCGUGAGGAGCAUCAGUGCUGCUGUAGAUCACUUUUUAUUGAAAACAUUAUGGAGCUGAAAUAAACCGGAUAAAAACGUU